AUGCAAAUUCCUACAUUUGCUCUCCUAUUGCUCACUGCGGCAGCCGCCGCCAUGCCAUUGUCCGACCCGCUUGAUGCCAGAGAUGCGGCCAGCGCCCAAAUCACGUACUACGGAAUAUGCACCAAGGCCAAUAACGAAUGCAAGUACAAAAACCAAAACGGCAAGGAUACUUUCGUCAAGUGCCCCAGAUUUGCCAACAAGAAGCGUCAGCAGAGCCGUGCUGUGCCGCUAGACAGUGUCAAUGUGGCCGAGCCUUUUGAACAUUUUCCGAGACUUUUCGUGCCAAUUGAUAUAUGA